AUGCUGCUACUCCUUCUCAAACGCGGAGCAAAUCCAAAUACUUCCAGUGUGCCUUAUCCUCCAAUCUUUUUUUCUGUCAAAGCCGCUGAUGUCAAUUCUGUUAAAAUGUUACUCCAAUGCAGUGCAAAUACAUCAGUGAAGAUGGCUACCGAAUUGGGCGGUUUAACGCCAUUACAUAUUGCUGUAGCCUUACCAGGUGAAGAUGGAAUCAAUAUUUCAGAAAUGCUGCUACAAGCUGGUGCUCCAACCAAUACUCGGGCAUCCUGCAUGAACGGUGUUAAACUUGCUAACGCUUAUAUCCAAUUGAGUAAAUUAAAAGAUGAUAUCAAAAUGGCAGAUAUAUCCCAUCACAAUCAGCCUUCACAUGAUCAAGAAGGCAGCCAUCAUGUUGUCCGUCAUCGUCAAAGUCUUAAUCAUCUUAAUUUUACUCAUCGACAUUUAACCGAGACGAUAACAAAUCUUACUACAGCUUGCAACGGUGGCUUGACUAAAGAUGGAUCUAGUUUGUGUUGUAAAGCUUGCGAUAAUAACUUUCGAGAAGGCGGAAGAACUGCUCUACAUAUCACUUGUUCACGCCAAGAUAACUUCGAGAAAGCAAACCAAAUCGUCCAAAUGCUGAUCAGUAAUAGAGCAGAUUGCCAUCUGUUGUGCAAUGGACAUUCACCUUUAUCCUUAGCCAUCAUUCAUGGAAAUGAUCUGGCGGUCGAUACACUCUUGAAGAAUAAUGUCGAUCCCAAUCAGCCGUUAGGAUUUGGCGUUGGAUCUGCUUUAGCGGCUGCAUCAACAUUAGAAGCAGAACGCUUUCGUACCUUAGAUGAUCGAAUUCGCUUAAUUAAUAAGUUAAUUAAAGCUGGCGCAGAUAUUCUUCAACCUAUUGUUGUAACCAAGAAAUUACCGCCAGGCACUGCCGUUGAUUAUGCCUUUCAUGCAUUUCAUCAGGAUAAAAAAAUUGCUCAUACACCGUAUCAUGCUUUAACUCCUAAUGAACGAGAAUGCUAUAAUGCCAGACGUCGUAUCCUUGCCCAUUAUAGCGAUGCUUUACGAGAGAGAGUGACCAAAGACAAGAAUGCUGCAGAGGCAUGGCGUCCAGAAACUACACAAACGGUCGGUUCUUUGGGUAUUAAAACAUCUACCGUUGGUGGUGAGGGGGAAAUUGCCGAAAAUACUAAAAAUUCAAGCAGAGGAUCCCGCCGCUUAACACCUGGUCGACAUCGAUUCGUUGCUAAACCAUCAUUUUGCUAUUGCUAUGAGUGUGGACGAUCGAUUGGUGUAAGGCUUACAGCGUGUUCAAGAUGCCUCAAAGUUUACUACUGUAGUAAGCAGUGCAAACUUCGGGCUUGGAAUGCUCGUCACAAAGAUGAAUGUUAUAAAAUCGAUUCAGCUACAGGAAGGCCUAUCCAAAGUGCUGCAAGUAAACAGCCUAGUGAAGGGCCUUCAAAAGAGAAAAAGAAAGGUACAGCUCUUUUGAAGCUUCAAAAGAAGCCAGAUGGAAAGAGAUCUUCUACUAAGGGCAGUAGUAUCCGAGUUGGCCAGGACUCUAAAUUAUCUACAUCGAUAGGUCGCAAGCCCACCUCGGCGGCCAAUAGUAAAGUCUCUAUUAGCAAAAGUACCUCGUCUAGUAUCAAGAAGUAG